GGAGCGGGGAAAUGUCCCCCCGCCGACGACCCGCCCUGGAGACGGCGGCCGACCCGGAGCGCGCUGAGGCGAAGCGGCCAUGGCUCUCCUCCGGCUGGCCCAGUUCGCCGCCUGCUGCUGCUGGGCGGCGUUGCACGCAAGAGGGGCCAUCGCGGAGCUCCCCGCGGGCCCGGGCGCGGCCUCGGAGGAGUCGGGAGCCGCCACUGCGGCCAGCUUCUUUCAGCCGGCGCAACUGCACGCCAGGUUGGCGGUGGCGGCGGUGGCGGCCGCGCCCUCCUUCCGCGGGCCCGGGAACCGCGACCGGCGCGCCAACCGGGAGCUGCCCAUCCUGCUGUGGUGGAGCGGCGGCCUCUUUCCGCACUUCCCCGGCGAGACGGCGCGCAUCGACUGCGCGCGGGGCUCCUGCCUGGCCACCAAGGACCGCCGCGUGCGCGCCCACCGGCGGACGCGGGCACUCCUCUUCUACGGCACGGACUUCCGGGCCUACGAGGCCCCGCUGCCGCGGCUGCCCCACCAGACCUGGGCCCUCUUCCACGAGGAGUCGCCCAUGAACAACUACCUGCUCUCGCACGGCGCCGGUAUCCGCCUUUUCAACCACACCGCCACCUUCCGCCGCGAGUCCGACUUCCCGCUCAGCCUCCAGUGGCUGCCCGACCUGGCCUACCUGCGCCGCCCGCCGCCGCGCGGCCUGCCCGAGAAGGACCGCCUGCGCAGGCAGGGGCUGGCCCCGCUGCUCUACCUGCAGUCGCACUGCGACGUCCCCUCCGACCGCGACCGAUACGUGCGGGAGCUCAUGAAGCACAUUCAGGUGGAUUCUUAUGGUAGCUGCCUGAACAACCGAAAGCUUCCCAAUAUGAGACUGAUGGACACUUCCACAGCCACUACAGAGGACUCUGAAUUCAUGAAUUUUAUUUCAAAAUACAAGUUUCACCUGGCUAUGGAGAAUGCCAUAUGCCAUGAUUAUAUGACAGAGAAACUUUGGAGGCCAAUGCAUGUGGGGGCAAUCCCUGUAUAUCGAGGUUCACCAUCUGUACGAGACUGGAUGCCCAAUGAUCAUUCCAUUAUUCUCAUUGAUGACUUUGGAAGCCCUAAAGAACUUGCAGAAUAUAUUGAUUUUUUGGACAGGAAUUCAGAUGAAUACUUGAAAUAUCUAAAGUACAAGAGUCCAGGUGGCAUUACAAACCAGUUCUUGCUCGAGAACAUGAGGAAGCGUGAAUGGGGAGUGAAUGACAUGACUCUCCCUAAUUAUCUGAAUGGAUUUGAGUGCUUUGUCUGUGACAGAGAAAAUGCAAGACUUAAUGCUGAGAGGGACCACAAAAAAACUCAUGGGAAAUUGCUAGCUCUGGAAGUUCAUAUAGCCCAGACCGCUCACAUGGGAUGUCCUUCACCAGCACCCAGCUAUGGCAAUAUUGAAGACAUUCCUGAUGGAGACAGCUGGAAAGAAAUGUGGCUUCAAGAUUACUGGCAGAGUCUUGAUCAAGGGGAAGCUCUCACAGCUAUGAUUCAUCACAAUGAAUCUCAUCCAGGGAGAUUUUGGGAUUAUAUGCACAAAAUCUUCAUGAAAAGAACUCAGCAUAACUGACCAAUAAGGAUUCUCUCAAGUUAUAUGAACAAUGGGCAGGAUAUGCACUCUUACCAGAACCAAGCUUGCCUUACGUGACAGCUGAAUGCAGGCAGAUACUACACGUACCUUUCAGGAAUUAGACAGUAACAGUUUUGCUGAAAUACUUUAAUUGAUUAGAAUUAAACCUAAUCAGUUAUUUUUUAUAAAAUAUAUUUUUUAAAAAGUGACUAUUUCCACAAUUCAUUGUAUAGCCUUUUUAAUUCUGUAAAUAAAAGUCCCUUCAUAUGUACUGAGAA